AUGCUGACAAUGGUAAGUCUUGUUGUUCCUAGUGUUGGGGACCAUCCAGUUCUUGCGAUUGGAACUGAUGUGAGGACAAUCUUUACUGGCCCUAGUGCGGCUGUAUUGCAAAUGGCCUUUGGGUUUGGGGAGCCCUUUCAUGCAGUUGUCCACAGGGUUAAGGGUUACAUGUUGCUUGAUCAUGAUUUUGAGCCUGUUAUGACUGCUUCCGGGGCCUUGCAAUCGUACAAUUUGCUUACAAAGCUGUUACCUGGUUGCUGUUUUUGCCUAGUGCGAACAUGGAAAGACUGUAAUACUAUGAUGCAAGAGGUUUUUGAAUUCUCAGGUUAUCACAGGGUUAUGGUCCAUAAAUUUCAUGAUGACGAUCAUGUAGAGGUUGUGUUUGAGAUGACAAAGCCAAGCCUUGCACCUUAUUUUUGUUUACAUUAUCCAGCCACAGAUAUCCCUCAGGCUGAAUGCUUCUUAUUCAUCAAGAACAAGGUCCGAAAUUUCUGUCUCCACUGUUGUCAUUUACAGUAUAUGGGAAGCAUGAAUUCUACUGCCUCUCUGGUUAUGGCAGUGGUGGUAAAUGAUGGAAAUGAAGAUCGCGAGAGCCCUGAUUUUGCACAGGCACACAAGAGAAAGAGGCUUUGGGGUUUAGUGGUGUCCCAUAACACUAUUCCUAGGUUUGUUGCCUACUCUCUUUGUUAUGCAUGUGAAUUUCCUGCUCAAGUAUUUGAAAUCCAAGUCAACAAGGAAUUGGAAUUGGCCAAUCAGAUCCUUGAGGAGAAUAUCCUACAUAGACAGACACUAUUGUGUGAUAAUCUGAUGAGAGAUGCACCCCUUGGAAUUGUGCCACAAAGCCCCAAUAUCAUGGAUCUUAUGAAAUGUGAUGGGGCUGCUCAGCAAUUCAGGAAUAAUAUAAAUAGGCUUGGAGGCACUCCUUCUGACUUUCAGCACCAUGAUAUAGGUCCCCUGGAGGCUGGAGCACUCGCUCUUAGUAAUGUAGUGUGUGGGAUGCCAGCUGUGAGGAUAACUUCCAAGGACAUGCUUUUCUGGUAUAGUUCUCUCACUGCUGCAGAAAUUCAACAGGGCAGUGCACAACAUGAGCCGGGGACUAUGAGAUGGAUUGCCAUCCAGUCUUUGCAACUUAUACUGAGGAAUGCUUUCAAGGAUGCCGAAGCCAUGGGUUUAAACAUCAGUACAAUCCAUACAAGGCUCAAUGACCUCAGAAUUGAAGGAGAGCAAGAACCACAAGCAGUGACAACUGAUAUGGUCAGAUUGAUUGAAACAGCCACAGCCCCAAUCUUUGCAGUUGAUGUGGAUGGGCUGGUUAAUGGAUGGAAAACAAAAACUGCUGAAUUAACUGGUCUGCUUGUUGAACAGGCAUUUGCUAUCACUCGUGGAAGAUUCUUCUGUUAA